GUUUAUAAAAAGAAAAACACAGAAAGAAGAGAACAAGUACGAUGACUGGAUAGCACGGAUAAAGAAAAAGAAAAUGACAAAGGCGGAGCGAAGGCCAGUUAUUAAUUUGGGCUCCAGAAAAGGAACAAAAAAAUUCCGCUGCCGGGAUUUGAACCCAGACUUCAGAGCUAGUUGA